UUCUCCCAUCUGGUUGCGUUCAGUUCAGUUAUAAAAAUGAGUGAGUUCGAAUCAGACGUACUGAAAAUGAAUAAUGAAGUGUGUGAAGCAGUGAAAAGUGAUGAAGAAAAGCGAGUUAAGACCGACAAUUGGGGUUACAUGGUCUGUUUUGGAACAAUAAUUAGUUUUAUUGCAGGUAUUGGCCAUGUAAAUUCAUCUGGACUAAUAUACAAUGAUUUUAUUAUCGCUACACAAUCUACCACUCAGUCUUUGACAACAGCACAUGGGGUGUUUGCUUUAAUGUUGGCUAUUGGAGGUAUAAUACUAAACGUGAUAUCAAAAACAUUUUCCCUCCAAUUUGGGGGCUUCAUUGGUGCAGUUAUACUAUCAGUUGGGUCCUUUACAACAAUUUUUAUAAAAAACACCAAUGAAUUAUCUAUUACUUAUGGUGUACUUCAGGGCAUUGGAUUUGGUAUGAUUACACCAGUAUGCUAUUCAACGUUGAAUUAUUAUUACGAGAAGAAUAAAAGAACAACAGCAUUGAGUAUUUGCAAGGGUGUUCAAGGAGUAUUCUUAAUGUGGUAUCCAUACAUGAUAAAAAUAUUUAUGACUUGGUAUGGCUUCAGAGGAACUCUUCUGCUGAUAAGUGCAAUAACAUUUCAUAUAUUUCCUGCAAUGAUCACCAUGCGAACUAAUGGAAAAAGAAGACAGAAUAAAAAUUUGAAAGUUACAAAUAAUGUAGAAUGUGGAAAAGGGGUAGAUGAAAAUGUGGAUUUGUUAAAUCCUUCUAAUAGUAGUACUGACGUUGUAUAUGAAACUGCUAUUACUACUGGACAAAGUAAGGCUAAGAAAGUUAGUAUAUAUACGAGAUUUCUGGAGAUGUUUAAUUUAAGAGUACUGAAAGAUCCAGUGUUUUGUAAUAUUUGCAUCGGACAAAGUUUUUGCAACUUUUCGGAUGUUACAUUUUUUGUUCUACAGCCGCUGCUAUUUUUGCAAUAUGGUUUUGACAAAAUGCAAGUAGCGACAUGUAUUUCUAUAUGUGCAGGCGCUGAUGUGGCUGGUCGGUUUGCGCUUGGCUUUAUUAGUAGCCAGACCAAGAUAAAUACGAGAGCCUUAUAUUACUUCACUGUCCUUAUUACUGUCUUCUUCAGAAUAGUAAUCCUCCAAGUACACCAAUUCAUCUGGUUGGCUAUUGCAACUGGUAUACUGGGAGUGCUACGAGCCGGACUACACGUGGCCAGUCCUUUAGUAAUUGCCAAUCAUGUUUCCCAUGAAGACUUCCCGGGAGCUUAUGCAAUUUUCUUGCUAGCUGUUGGUCUGGUCAACGUAGCAAUUGCUCCAAUUAUUGGUAUUAUAAAGGACGAAUACCAGAAUUUCGUACCAGCUUUCUACGCCUUAAUAUUAUGCUGUCUUCCAUGUCUCAUAUUGUGGGCCGUCGAAUACAUAGUAAGACACAAGAAGUGACUGAUAUACAUAGAUCUAAAGAAACUCAGUAAUUCCUAAGCGAAUUAAUUUUGAAAUUAAUGUAGUUUGAUUUAAUACAAUAUUUGAUAAAUAAAAUUAAGUUUACGUUAUCUAAAUCAUAUGUAUUAUCUACUACUUUAAAUCUAUUGGAUUCUUAUUAUAAUACGAAUUUAAAGUUAAUAGAAUUAUGAUAAACCAGUAUUAAAUUGAUAGUUCUCGUAUUAAUUAUAUUUAUACAAAAUUGUA